AUGGCAUCUGAGAAUCCCAAGAUACAGACCCUCUAUGAAAAAUGCAAACAGCUCGCAAGAACAGCCAAAUCCCAAGAGAUAAUUCACCAAAAGCUCUGCCCUGAUCUGAGGGAUUAUAUACCAUCGAAACAGAUAUCGGACAGGCUCAUCCAGGCUUACCUCCGUACCUUUGAAUCUAUCUACCGCAUCGUUCAUGUACCAUCGUUUUUACGCGAAUAUGAUCAGUACUGGGCAAAUUCAGAAACAGCAAGCCCGGCUUUUAUCAUAAAGACACUGCUUGUGCUAGCAAUCGGAAACUCAUUUUGCCAGACCGGAGACCUAAACCAGGGCUGUGUUCCGCGAUCUACUUCGUUGCAGUGGAUAUAUACGGCACAAUCCUGGCUCGGCUCUCCUUUUGAGAAAUCCCGUCUCAACAUCGCCAGCAUCCAAACACAUUGCCUCCUACUGUUGGCCCGUCAGACCAAUGCUGUUAGCAGUGAUCUUGUUUGGAUUUCAGCAGGAACUCUGCUUCGAAUAGCUAUGCAUAUGGGCCUCCAUAUUGAUCCGCGUCAUAUGAAUGGCAUUUCUUUCUUUGAUGCAGAGCUGAGACGGAGGUUGUGGUGUACGAUCCUUGAGAUUACUGUCCAAUCUAGUAUGGAUGCUGGAGGUCUUCCGUUGAUCCAUUGUGAAGAGUACGAUUGCGAACCUCCCAAAAAUGUUGACGACGCACAGAUGGAAGAACCCAUGCCCCAGGCAAAGCCUCUUGAGGAAUUCACUAGCACAUCUCUGCAAAUAGCUUUACAGCAAUCACUACCUGUCCGACUUCAAAUUGCACAAUUCAUAAAUGAUUUCCGCCGAGGCGCCUCAUACGACGAAGCUUUGCGACUCAGUAAAAGUCUUACGGAGGUGUAUCGCGAGAGCUCGGCGUUAUUCGACGGGUUCAAAGGCAGCGGAAGGUUUCCUAGUCUCUUUCAAACCAACCUCUAUGACAUAAUGACGCAGCGGUUCCUGCUCGCUCUCCAUGACCCUUUUGCUAUAAAAGCAAAAACUAAUCCGGCAUUCUAUUACUCACAUAAAGUUGCACUUGGGGUAUCUCUGCGUAUUCUAGCCCCAGUCAGCGCUUCGAAGGUUCAAGAUGAUGAUUACACUGCGUUGCUGCUCACAGGCUCGCCAUCCUUUAGGGACGUGCCUACCCAAGCAGCCGCUGUAGUCGCGGAUGAUAUAAUCUACCGUCUCCAGGAGCAGUCAAUAAAUAGCUCAGUAUCGGCACUGUAUACACCAUACGAUUUGGCUUAUGGGGAGUCCAAGGGUAUUAUCGAGAAAUUUAUUCCUUGUAUGCUGGCACGGCUCGAAAUGGGGGAAACAAACAUAAAGGGAUACCUAGUACCUGCAUGCUUUCUGGCACAGAUCGAGGCCAUUGAGUCGGGUCAACCAGUCAACGAAGCUCUACGUAAAACGAUGUUGGCGGUACUUGAGAGGUGCUCAAAGAUCUUGGAGGACAGAGUUGAAAGAUCAAGUUUCGUGAUGCCUGGUAUAGAUUCAACCGAGGCUACCAAUGGGGGUUUAACUUUGACUGGAGCUGACACCCAGUUCGAUUGGUCUCUCAGUGAUGACUUUGAGAUGGAAAUGGAUAUAGGUUCAUGGUUUCCAUCACCCACACUGUCCUGA